CACACAUGAGCGGUCACAUGGCCCAGCCUGACUCCUCCCACACACAUGACCAGUCACAUGGCCCAGCCUGACUCCUCCCACACACAUGAGCGGUCACAUGGCCAUGACAUCAUCACAGGUCCUUCAGCCUCCAGGAUGUAACAUCUUGCUCCUGGUUAUUGUGGGACUUGUAGUUCUUUAUACACCUGUACACAAUGCACACAGGGGCUUUAUAGAGGGGACAGGACGCCCCCCGAAUAUAUCCUGAAGAGAAGGAAAACUCCAGCGCCGUAUAUAUAGGAUCUAUAGAGGAAUGUCACCGACCACCGAGAGGAUCCUAGAGCUCAGCCUGGAGAUCAUCUACCUGCUGACCGGAGAGGAUUACACAGUAGUGAAGAAGAUAUCUGGAGAGUGUGUGGCCCCCAGCAGGUCAGGAGGAUGGAGCAGGGCCCGGGGCCCCAUCACGGAGCCUCCACCUCCCUCACUGAUACCUGAGAGGAACAAUGAGCAGAAGAUCCUAGAACUCACCCACAAGAUGAUGGAGCUGCUGACUGGAGAGGUUCCUAUAAGGUGUCAGGAUGUCACUGUCUAUUUCUCCAUGGAGGAGUGGGAGUAUAUAGAAGGACACAAGGAUCUGUACCAGGACAUAGUCAUGAUGGAGGACCACCGGCCCCGAACAUCACCACCGGAUGGAUCCAGGAAGAGGAACCCACCAGAGAGAUGUCCUGCUCCUCUGCAUUCCCAGGACUGUGUGGAGGAGAAUGUGGACCCUGCAGGAGAUCGUCCCCUCACACCACCCGGGAAGAAAAGAUCCAGUAGGAGAAAUUCACCAGAGAGAUGUCCUGCUCCUCCGGAUUCCCAGGAUGAUCAGGAUGAAAAUGUUCUAGAGAAGAAAACUGAAGAAGUUAAAGAAAAAGAAAAGUAUGUGAGGAGCGAAAGAGCAUGUACGGAAGAGAACAUUCCUACUGAUAUUAGUCCAGAUGGCCACAGCAAAGACUCAGGACAAAGCCUCUCUUCAUCCACAGAGUUUGAAGGAGAUAAUCAUUAUAUUCCACAAUAUUAUCCAGGAGAAAAUCAGGUUCAGUGUUCAGGAUGUGAGAAAUGGUUUACACUCGGAACGGAUGAGAAAACUCACACAGAAAAAAUACGUCAAUGUUCAGAAUGUAGGAAAUGUGCUAACCAGAGGUCAGAUCCUACUGAUUGUCGGGAAAAUCACUCGGGGGUUAAAUCAAUGUCAUGUUUGGCUUUUGUACCCGGUUUAAAAGAGAAAUCAAAUUUAGUGGAAUAUAAGGAAACUCACACAGAGGGGAAGAUAAUUUCAUGUUCAUGUUUCAUCGAGACAUCAAAUCUAAUACAACAUCAGAAAAUUCACACAGGGGAGAAACUAUAUUCAUGUUCAGAAUGUGAUAAAUCUUUUAGCAGCAAAUCAAAUCUAGUACAGCAUCAGAAAAGUCACACAGGGGAGAAGCCAUUUUCAUGUUCCGAAUGUGGAAAAUGUUUUGCCUCAAAAUAUGUUCUGGUUAAGCAUUACAAGAUUCACACAGGGGAAAAGCCAUUUUCAUGUUCCGAAUGUGGAAAAUGUUUUUGUGAGAAAUAUAGGCUGGUUAAGCAUUAUAAGAGUCACACAGGGGAGAGUCCAUUUUUAUGUUCGGAAUGUGGGAAAUCUUUUAUUACUAAAUCAAAUUUACUAGAACAUCAUAAAAUCCAUACAGGAGAAAAGCCAUUUUCAUGCUCUCAAUGUGGAAAAUCUUUCAUAAAAAAAUCAAAUGUGAUUCAGCAUGAGAAAAUUCACACAGGUGAGAAACCAUUUUCAUGUUCUGAAUGUGGAAAAUGUUUUACUACAAAUUCCAGUAUGAUUCAUCAUCAGAAAAUUCAUACAGGGGAGAAGCGAUUUUCAUGUUCUGAAUGUGGGAAAAGUUUUAUUGAGAAAGCAAAGCUAGUACAACAUCAGAGAAUACACACAGGAGAAAAGCCAUUUCCAUGUUCUGAAUGUGGAAAAUGUUUCUCUCAAAAAUCAUACUUGAUCAAACAUCAUAAAAAUCACACAGGGGAGAGUCCUUUUCCAUGUUUAGAAUGUGGGAAAAGUUUUAGCUUAAAAUCACGUCUUGUUAGACAUCAGAGAAGCCACACAGGAGAGAAGCCGUAUUCAUGUUCUCAUUGUGGAAAAUCUUUCACUCAAAAAUCAUGUUUGAUCAAACAUCGUACAUGUCACACAGGGGAGAGGCCGUUUUCAUGUACAGCAUGUGGGAAAUGUUUUAGCUUAAAAGAAUGUCUUGUUAAACAUCAGAGAAUCCACACAGGAGAGAAGCCGUUUCCAUGUACAGAAUGUGAAAAAUCUUUUAACUCUCGAUCAGGUCUUGAUAGACACCAAAAUGUUCACACAGGAAAAAUGUGUUAAGAUUGUAGAACCUAAAAUCUAACAGGAGGUGGAGGUUGUUCCCAAAUGUCACAUAAUGAGGCCGUGUUCACACAGUGUAUUUUCGCUAAUAAUGGUAGCCAUUUUUUUAAGUAAAGUUGUUGAAUUUGCUGCAGGUGAUGUUACAUUUUUACUGCUGUUUUGCGUUCUAUCACAUUUUUACUGGCGUUUUACGUUAUGUCACAUUUUUCUUGCCGUUUCUGGUUAAGUUUUGUUAUUGUGGAUGUUAUUUCUUACAGAUGCAAAUAAUGAAGAAGUUUAGGAAUGAUGUCUGUUUUUUAUACACUGUGCGCACUGACGGACACGUUUCAUAGACUUUUUCAUAGAACACAUUGAUCCUCAUUUACUAAGACUGUUGUGUAGGUUUCUUUGUGGGUUUUAUUUCCCUACAAUUUAUUUCCCACGGUAUUUACUGACGGUUUCCUGACAUUUUCCACUUUCCCUACAUUUUCCUUUUUUUACACCCGCUCUGAUCUGUCCGGUUUUCCUCAGCUGAAAUCCAUAUUUUAUGCUGAAACCUUAGUAAAUAUGUUGGGUUUUUGUGAAAAUGUCGGGAACACGCCCCUUUUCGGAGGCCACACCUCCUUUUUCAAGCGGCCACGCCCCCUUUUCAGGUUUUCCUAGCAAAAUGGAGAGCUAGUCUGGGUUUUUUCAAUUCUGGCGCACCAUCUGGCACAGACAGAAAUUCUGGUGUAAUGCGACAGAAUCUGGCGCACAACCCGACAAAACAUGUUGGGUUUGCAAUCGUAAAUGAGGGCCAUUAUUUUGCAAGAUUAUGUCCAUCAUUUUAUUUCCAUUUUACGUCCGUAUUUGUGUAAUGUCGCUUGUUUCCCACUGUGUGAACACGGCCCAAAAGCCAUCUGUCAGGUUCUUACAUUCUUUGGUUUGGUUGCAGUUCACAUUGAUCUUCUCUUCCCAUACUCUCUGAUAUCCUGGGGGCCCAGUGGACAUUUGAAGUCUAAAUGACCUAUGUCUUUGACCUAUGACCCCCUUCAGGACCAGAUCCAUUUUAUUGUAUUUUACAUUAUUCUCUUUUAUGCAGCUAUAUAAAUUUAUUGAACAGAUUUUACAGUCAUGACACUAAAUAUGUGGGUGUUAUUUUAUGGUUUGGGGCAAUAAAACAUUUUUUUUAAU